AGCUCAACUCGAGUGGCUUAUUGAACCGUCCCGUCUGUGUGUUUGAUAUUUGCCGCAAAGCAACCGGUUUGAGAUCAAUAUGCUUCCAAGAAUGAAUGGAGGGGACGUUCUUCUAAUUGUUUGUGGCUCAGUCUUGGCUACGUUUUAUUUUGAUGUGUGUGCCGUUUAAUAUUUAACACCUUUGAGGUUUUUGUCGCCGCGCCCACCGUGUACUGUAUAUGCAUGUAUAUAUAUUUUUUAUUUCGGGCUAGCUUAGCAGUAGCACCGCUUGUCGGAUGCUAGCUUAAUGUCGCCGUCAAGUUUGGCGGUCGUAAAGCAGGGGAAUUAGUCAUUUGUAUCCAUUUUCCCCAUUACUUUUCAUUUAUUGUUAAUGCCGACAAAGUGUAGUUAGCUAGUAGCUAGAGGACUUGAGGUCUUAUUUGCCGUCAUGACAGGUGAGACGAUACUUGCCGCGCGCAAGGAUCACUACAAAGGCAACAAAAAUGCACAAGUCGUCGACUCGUUCGACGACACCACCAACGGGACCAUCCCCAGCGGGACUGCUCACCAUUUGAAAUCCAACAAGGCUUUCCUGAAAUCGGUCAAACCGGCGGCACUGCACCACCAGCAGCUGCAGCUGAAUGCAAACAAGCUUAACGGCAACGCGUCCAUCGGCACCAUUGUCAACGAUGACAAUAAGAAUCCGAUCAUCCUCACCAACGGGGACUUCCCGGUGCACGAGUGUGUGUUCAAAGGAGAUGUGAGACGGCUCUCCUCCCUCAUCAGGAUGCAUAACAUCUCUCAGAAAGACGUGCACGGUAAUACACCUCUCCAUCUGGCUGUGAUGCUGGGCCACAAAGAAUGUGCCCUUCUUCUUCUGGCCCACAAUGCACCUGUAAAGAUGAAGAAUGCACAGGGGUGGAGCCCUCUGGCAGAAGCUAUCAGCUACGGUGACAGACAAAUGAUCACAGCAAUACUGCGCAAACUCAAGCAACAAUCCAGGGAGAGUGUGGAGGAUAAAAGGCCAAAAUUACUGAAAGCCCUCAGGGAGCUUGGCGACUUUUACCUGGAGCUGCAUUGGGAUUUUCAAAGCUGGGUGCCUCUGUUGUCCCGAAUGCUUCCCUCUGAUACUUGUAAAAUCUACAAGCAAGGCAUCAAUAUCAGACUGGACACCACCCUCAUCGACUUCAUCGACAUGAAAUGUCAGCGCGGAGACCUCAGCUUCAUCUUCAACGGCGACGCGCCGCCCUCGCAGUCCUUUGUGGUCCUGGACAACGAAGCCAAAGUGUACCAAAGAAUACACCACGAGGAGUCGGAGAUGGAGACGGAGGAGGAGGUGGACAUCUUGAUGAGCAGCGACGUCUACUCGGCCACCUUGUCCACCAAGUCUAUCACCUUCUCCCGUACUCAGAGCGGCUGGCUCUUCAGGGAGGACAAAACUGAGCGGGUGGGCAACUUCCUGGCAGAUUUCUACGCCGUCAACGGCCUGGUGCUGGAGUCCAGGAAGCGGCGCGAGCACCUGAGCGAGGAGGACAUCCUCAGGAACAAAGCCAUUAUGGAGAGCCUCAGCAAAGGCGGCAGCAUCAGCGAGCACAACUUUGAGUCCGUGAGAAGACAGUCCCUCUCGGCGCCGGCCCUCAACACCAUUUCCUGGGAAGAGUACAUCACGGCAGAGCAUGGAAAGCCUCCUCAUGUGGGAAGAGAGCUGGUGUGCAAAGAGAACAAGAAGCACUUCAAGGCCACCGUAGCCAUGAGCCAGGACUUCCCUCUGGGCAUCGAAUCCUUACUGAACGUGCUGGAGGUGGUGGCACCCUUCAAGCACUUCAACAAGCUGCGGGAGUUCGUCCAGAUGAAGCUGCCCCCCGGCUUUCCCGUCAAACUCGACAUCCCCGUGUUCCCGACCAUCACAGCCACCGUCACCUUCCAGGAGUUCCACCACGACCAGUUUGAGGGCUCUCUCUUCGUCAUCCCCUCCGACUUCAAAGAAGACCCCAGUCGCUUCCCGGACCUCUGACCGCCUGGAAACUCAAUCCUCCAUUGAAAAUCACUCCCGCUAUUGCAUAUAUAUACUAGCAUACUGUAGUUCUCAAAAUGGCUGCCGGGGGUAUAUAUUUACUUAACUGCAGAUGGGGCAGGCCUUUAUCUUUUGGAAUCGUAGUAAACCAUAUUUAUCGAGCGAGUUUAAAAUGAAUUAAAAAGGACUUGAGUUGCAUAAACACGGACGCACAUGUUGUGGCGCGACCAUGUUGGGAAUGAAGCUAGUCAUCUCGAUCACUAGAUCAUCUUGAACUAGUUUACAACACGCUGUGGGUUAGACAACGCACCGGCCCACAGACUGUUUACGUGCUACUGUUUUGGUUAGCAACAGCGUUCAAAUGCAUUUAGUCGUCAAUGUCUAUGAACUGAGAUAAUUACAUUUAAUGGGCUUUUUUUCCCUGAUGAAGAAAAAAGGGAGGUGUUAAUUCAUCGUAAGUAAAACCGCAGACUUAUUGGGUGCGGCGUUGACUCGAGGGGAGGCCACCGUUUUAAGAAAUCUGCUUUCUAUGUUUAAAAAGGGAGCUGAUGGUCGGCCAUUUUCUUGCUGGAUCCAAAGCAAACCUAUGCUUUCAUGCUGCUAUUCUCCUCAAAGGACUCAUUAAACCCGUUAAAGCUAAACAUAUUUCUUAAAGAGCUAGAUUAACUUUGCUGAAAAUUUGAUACAAAUUCGUACAGUAUUCAUAUUCAAUAUAUGAUUAAUUGAAAAGUGAAGUUUUGUUUUGUGCAAAAGGACCACUAAAUGAAUGGUCUGUUUUCAAUUUAGAAUUUUGUCUCGUUUAAUGCUUCAGGCUUUACAGGUUUAAUAUUCAUAUUCUCAUUUGUUUCAAGUGUCCUGACACUGUGUUGUGUAAAUAGUUUUGUCUCUUCAGCAAACAAACAAACAAAAAGGUUAUAUCCUUAUGCUUAAUUAUGCAUUUGUACAUAUAUGUCUCUCUACUCAUGGACUUACUCUGUGUAGCAAUACAUUGACGGUACGCAAGAAUGUUUAUAAUUGAGCUCCGAAACGCGUUCAUGUUCCACAUUCAGGUUAGCUCACGUUUACCUCGUCGCCCGCCCGUCUUUUCCAUGGUCCUGUCAAAGAUUGUAACCCGUGUUCAGGUUUACUGUCGUUGGCAUCAAGUUCCGCUGCUGCCAUGUUUGAGGGCACCUUUUGUGGUACACAGUUGAAACGAGUAUGUCACACCUUCAAACACCUUUUGUGCUGACAGUAGCUUGUCUGUUAUUAUUUUGUAUCAACUAAGCUGUGAAGUUGUUGCCACUCAUCCUUCCCUUUUCAAUAAAGCACCAGCAUCACAUUUCA